AUGCCGAGCGGAUUCCCCGCCCCUGCCAACCGUCCGCUAGCCGCAACUUAUCCUCUCCCACUCGAAUGGUACCUGCCGCGCUCUCAGUCCCCCGUUCUCCGGGACUCGCACAAGUUCGACCCGCACGACCCCAAGAAGAUUGUUUUCGUAUGCCUCAUACCCGUCCUAGUGCUCAGCUCUGGCCUGUUUGCUGGAUACAUGAGUCUCGACGAGACGCAGCUCAACGUGCUGAGCAUUAGCGGCACUCCGAAGCAGAAGGAGUACGCGCGGAAGAUCCAGCCCAUUCGCAAGAAUGGACACCUGCUCCUCGUCACUCUCCUCAUCGCCAACAUGAUUGUCAACGAGACCCUGCCCAUCAUCUCUGACCCUGUCCUCGGGGGCGAAAUCUCGAGUGUCGUGGUCAGCACCGUCCUCAUCAUUAUAUUUGCCGAGAUCAUACCCCAGUCGAUCUUCACUCGGCACGGUCUCUUUCUCGGCGCCAAGCUCGCUUGGUUGACCAAGAUCCUCAUCUUUGGCCUGGGUAUCAUCUCGUGGCCUGUGUCGAAGUUGCUGGAGUUCGUUCUCGGCCCUCACCAUGGGAUUAUCUAUCGUAGAGGCGAGCUCAAGGAACUCAUCGCCAUGCAUUCGUCCAUGGCUACUCUCGGAGGCGACCUCAAGACCGACACCGUAACUAUCAUCGGCGCGACGCUCGACCUCCAAGAAAAGGUCGUGACGCAAGCCAUGACGCCCAUCAAGGACGUCUUCAUGCUCUCCAUUGACGCCAAGCUCGACUAUGAGACGCUGAAGAAGAUCACCGAGACGGGCCACAGUCGCGUGCCCGUGUACGAGGAGGUGGAUAUCCCGGUGGGCCCCGGUAAGGCGCAGAAGGCGAAGAGGAUAUUGGGUAUCUUUCUGGUGAAGCAGUGCGUGUUGUUGGAUCCGAAUGAUGCGACGCCGCUCAGGGAUAUGCCGCUCAAUAAGGUGCCAUUCGUGCCUAUGAACGAGCCGCUGCUGGGUAUCUUGGACAAGUUCCAGGAGGGACGCUCGCACAUGGCUAUCGUCAGUCGCUUCAGCGUCGACAAAGCCGCCAGUGUCAAGGCUGCGGCCAAGCGCAGCCUCACGCAACGCCUCCGCGAGCGCGUCGGCAUGGCAGACUCUGACUCAAGCUCGAGCGAGGAGGAGGACGGCAAGCCGCCGCAUAGGGACGAGAGGGGUCGGCUGCGCUUCCAUAGGCAUAAGAUCAGGGACAUCGAGGAGGGCGUCGAGGAUACGGGAGAAAGCCCCACUCCAGAUGGAGAUAACGAGGCCAAAGCGCUUAGUGACGACCAUAAGCAUCACGACGGCAAGAAGGAACACAAUGGCCAGCAAGACCACGACGGCCGCCGCCCCUCCUCCGGGCACCGCGCGCGUGGUCGGUCGACGAAGCCGCGCAACUCGGACAGUGUGAACCUGCAGAUGACGCCGCGCGACUCGAGCGACACAGUCGACGCUGCGAAGGCAGGGUCGAAGAGUCGGCGCGGCAGCUUCCAGCUGCCGCGUGCUGCGGCGGGGAUGGCAUCGCUGUCGACGCUAGAGCAGAGCAUGCCAGCGGAUGCGGUGCUGGGAAAGGAAGGGAUGAACAACUUCUUGCAAGGCCUGGAUCCGGCGGUUAUGCCACUGGGAAUUAUUACGCUCGAGGAUGUGCUGGAAGAACUCAUCGGCGAGGAGAUCUGGGACGAGUUCGACUCUGAAGGCGCACACGGAGACUACCUCGCGCCGAAUCCGCCUGUCGCCGUGCGCGACUAUGCCGUCGCCACCCCCGCACAUGAGGCCGCUGUCCCGCUUCGGACCCCUGUGGCUCUGAAGCCACUCGCGCUGAAGGGUCUAAACUUCCUGCGCUCGCGCUCUGCGCCACCGUCGCCCAAGGACGAGCGCCCGCCGCCUCUCGAGUUCAGCAAGAGCGGCUCCGAGAAAGAGAAAGGCAUCCCAGAACGACCUGUCUCUGUCGCUCUGGGCGCUGAGGACGCGCCGAUCCCGAGUCCGCGACCCAGUGUCCGCAUUGAACCUCCAGCGCAGCCGCAGCAUGCGCAUCCCAAUCCGCAUCAGCCCGCGCAUGUCGUUGGGCCGACACGCGGGGCGUCUCCUGCUCCCUCGUUGGAGGCCUACCUCGUUGAGCGCAAGCGUAGAGGUGGGCAGGCAGCCGUCGGGGUAACGAGCGGCGCCACGGUUGCCCGUGGUCCCAGCAUCAGCGCAAAGGGGACGAUGUUCAAGAGCAGUCCUCUAGGCGGCGCGGCGGCAGACGGUCCCAGUCCGCACGAGAAGGGGGCAAAGGCCGGUGGCGACGAGGUUCGUAUACCUGAUGAGAGGGAUAAGGAGGGUCCGGACAAGAACGAGAGCAGUAAUAAUUGACGUGAUGGGCAAGAACUUCGGAUUUUGUGCUUUGCUUGUGGAUAAUACCUAUCAAGGUUUUGGGUCUUGACGUAUAUGAUGCUUGCUAUGCCUGUAACUUCUUAUGCAUACUUCACCGACG